AUGGCGAGGAUUAAGGUGCACGAGCUGAGGCAGAAGAGCAAGGCGGAGCUGCUGGCGCAGCUGAAGGAGCUGAAGGCGGAGCUGUCUCUGCUGCGCGUGGCAAAGGUCACCGGCGGCGCCCCGAACAAGCUGUCCAAGAUUAAGGUUGUCAGGCUCUCGAUCGCACAGGUCCUCACCGUGAUUUCUCAGAAGCAGAAGGCAGCUCUCAGGGAGGUCUACAAGAACAAGAAGUACUUGCCACUCGAUCUCCGUCCCAAGAAGACCCGCGCCAUCCGCCGCCGCCUCACCAAGCACCAGCUUAAUUGGUUUAGUUAUCAUGCUAGAUUGCAAGUUUGA